AUGGCCAACAAAUUGCCUGGCGGCCCCAAUGAGGGCAGCAUCACUCAACCGGAGGAGAUCACACUGCAUAAUUUAGACUCCGGUGGAUGGGAGCUGGGCCCCUUGGUACAGACCUUCCAUCAGAACAUGCGUGAGGAAGGAUAUCCUGAGCGGAGAUUGGGGGUUACCUGGCGGAAUCUGACGGUCAAGGGCAUCAGCUCAGGGGCCGCCAUGAACGAAAACGUGCUCAGUCAAUUUGAUGUGGUUCGGCAGGCACGGCAGGUGCGCCAAAAACCGGCAUUGAAGACCAUCGUGUCGGACUCGCAUGGCUGUGUCAAGCCAGGUGAGAUGCUUUUGGUGUUGGGCCGGCCAGGGGCGGGCUGUACGACCCUGCUCAAGAUGCUCGCCAACCACCGGGAAGGUUAUGCUCAGGUUGAAGGGGAUGUUCACUAUGGCUCCAUGACCAGCGACGAGGCACACCCCUACAGGGGUCAGAUUGCCAUGAACACCGAAGACGAACUUUUCUAUCCCUCGCUCACCGUUAAUAAGACGAUGGAUUUCGCCACCCGUCUGAAGGUCCCGGGGCAUAUCCCCGCCAACGCCAAGAACGGUCAGUCCCAGACGGCCGAGGAAUACCGCCAGGAGCGCAAGGAGUUCUUGCUUGAGUCGAUGGGAAUUGCACACACGCAGAAUACCAAGGUCGGCAACGAGUACGUGCGAGGAGUCUCGGGAGGGGAGCGGAAACGGGUCUCUAUUAUCGAAUGCCUGGCCACCAAUGCCUCCGUCUACUGUUGGGAUAAUAGUACCCGUGGGCUGGAUGCAAGCUCGGCGCUGGACUGGGCGCGUGCCCUCCGAUAUAUGACCACUGAGUUGGGGCUGGCCACGAUUGUGACCCUGUACCAAGCAGGAAACGGCAUCUACGAUCUCUUCGACAAGGUACUCGUUCUGGACGAAGGCAAGCAGAUCUUCUAUGGCCCCCGCGUCGAGGCCCGGCCGUUCAUGGAGAACCUGGGCUUCGUUUGCCGGCCUGGGGCCAACAUCGGCGAUUACUUGACUGGUCUCACUGUUCCUACCGAGCGUCUUAUCGACCCCUCCUUCCGCACUUUCCCGGAGACCGCAGACGCAAUCCUGCAGAUUUACGAGGGCUCGGUGAUUCGUAAAAACAUGGAGAAGGAGUACGCCUAUCCUUCCUCGCCCGAGGCCCAGGCCAACACGGAGGCUUUUUGCGCCAGCGUGGCAUUCGAGAAGCAAAAAGGCGUGAAAGCCACGGACCCCAUGACAGUGACCUUCCCACAGCAGGUAUGGACGUGCGUCCAGCGACAGUAUCAAAUCACCUUUGGCGACAUGGCUUCCUUCGCCAUCAAGCAAAUGUCUACGCUCGUCCAGGCCCUAAUCGCGGGCUCGCUAUUUUACAACGCCGCCGCCGAUUCAUCAGGACUGUUCAUCCGGGGCGGCGCGCUUUUCUUUUCCCUGCUCUACAAUGCGCUAAUGGGAAUGUCCGAGGUUGUGGAUUCAUUCACGGGCCGUCCGGUCCUGAUUAAGCACAAGUCAUUCGCCUACUUUCACCCGGCCGCGUUCUGUAUCGCUCAGAUCGCCGCAGAUAUCCCCAUGGUCCUGAUUCAGAUCACGGUCUUUGGGAUUAUCAUCUACUUCAUGGUCGGCCUCACCUCCUCGGCAGCGGCGUUCUUUACCUACUGGAUUAUGCUCUUCGCAACGACAAUGUGUAUCACAGCUAUGUUCCGUGCGGUGGGUGCGGCUUUCCGCACCUUUGACGGGGCGUCCAAAGUGUCCGGAUUCCUGAUCUCCGCCUUGGUUAUGUAUACGGGUUAUAUGAUUCAGAAACCCGACAUGCACCCGUGGUUUGUCUGGAUUUACUGGAUCGAUCCGCUCGCGUACGCCUUUGAGUCCGUGCUGUCCAAUGAGUUCCACGAUAAGGUGAUCGACUGCGUUGGGGGCAAUAUCAUCCCCGCUGGCCCCGGCUAUUCGGCCACUCCGGGGCAGGCUUCCUGUGCUGGCGUCGGUGGAGCCGUGCACGGGGAGGUCUCGCUCACGGGCGAUCAAUACCUGCACUCACUGAGCUACAGUCACAGCCACGUCUGGCGGAAUUUCGGCAUCGUGUGGUGCUGGUGGGCGCUCUUUGUUGGCAUCACAGUACUGGCAACCAUGCGUUGGCGGGACCGGGGCGCCACCGGGGCCACGCGCCUGGUUCCCUACGAAUUGGCCCGGAAAGGCCGUGUUGUAGUCGAUGAAGAGUCCCAGGCCCCUCCGGACGACCGCCGGUCCGACAAGUCAUCGGCAGCCAUCUCCCCCACCCCCAACGCAGCCACCAUCGCCCGGAACACCUCGAUAUUCACCUGGAAGAAUCUCAAAUAUACCGUCAAAACCCCGCAGGGCGACCGUGUCCUUCUGAAUGACAUCUAUGGCUGGGUCAAACCAGGGAUGCUCGGAGCCCUGAUGGGAUCAUCCGGAGCAGGGAAGACCACUCUCUUGGAUGUCCUGGCCCAACGCAAGACAGAUGGCACGAUCCAAGGCUCAAUCCUCGUGGAUGGCCGCCCUCUUGAUGUCUCCUUUCAACGAUCCGCCGGGUAUUGUGAGCAGCUGGAUGUCCACGAGGCUAUGACGACCGUUCGGGAAGCACUGGAAUUUUCGGCCUUACUGCGACAGCCCGCACAUAUCCCUCGAGAGGAAAAGCUCGCCUAUGUUGAUGCUAUUAUUGACUUGCUUGAGCUUCAUGAUAUCGCGGAUAUCUUAAUUGGAAAACCCGGAGCGGGCCUUAGUAUUGAACAACGAAAGCGGGUGACGAUCGGCGUUGAGCUUGUAUCCAAGCCCAAGAUCCUCAUCUUUCUCGAUGAGCCCACCUCCGGAUUGGAUGGUCAAUCGGCCUUCAACACAGUACGAUUUCUGCGUGGAUUAGCAGAUCUAGGGCAAGCAAUUCUCGUUACCAUCCAUCAGCCUUCGGCUCAAUUGUUUACGCAGUUCGAUACACUGCUGUUACUCGCCAAGGGGGGUAAGAUGGUGUACUUCGGUGAUAUCGGGGAGAAUGCACAAACCAUGAAGGAUUACUUUGCUCGCAACGGGGUCACUUGUCCGCCCGAGUCGAAUCCGGCGGAGUUCAUGAUCGACGUGGUCACUGGCCGCCUGUCGAAACGCGACUGGCAUGAGGUCUGGAUGGAGUCGCCCGAGCACACCCAGCGGCUCAGUGAGCUUGAUCAGAUGGUCAAGGAGGCAGAGCAGCGCCCAGUCGGCGAGCCGGACCUGAGCGAAUUUGCUCUUUCCCUGUGGGAGCAGACCAAGAUCGUCACGCGUCGCAUGAAUCUCGCCCUCUAUCGCAACACAGACUACAUCAACAACAAGGUUGCCCUGCACAUCGCGUCUGCCCUCUUCAACGGCUUUACCUUCUGGAUGAUUGGCGACAGCGUCAGCGACAUGCAGCUUCGUCUCUUUACUGUCUUCAAUUUCGUUUUUGUGGCCGCCGGUGUGAUCAACCAGCUCCAACCGUUGUUCAUCGAGCGGCGAGACAUUUACGAUACGCGGGAGAAGAAAUCGCGCAUGUACUCGUGGAAGGCGUUUGUGACGGCGCUGAUUGUCUCAGAGUUUCCCUACCUGUGCGUGUGCGGUGUCCUCUACUAUGUCUGUUGGUAUUACACGGUUAGGUUCAGCUCGGACUCGAACAAGGCGGGGGCCACCUUCUUUGUGAUGCUGAUGUACGAGUUUCUAUAUACUGGAAUUGGACAGUUUAUCGCUGCAUACGCGCCCAACGCCCUGUUCGCUUCCCUGGCCAACCCGCUGGUUAUCGGGAUCCUCGUCUCCUUCUGCGGUGUUAUGGUGCCCUACGCGGAGAUCAAUGUCUUUUGGCGGUACUGGAUGUACUACCUGAACCCGUUCAACUAUUUGAUGGGCAGCAUGUUGGUCUUUACCGUGUGGGAUACCGACGUCAGAUGCACCCAGUCUGAGCUGGCCAUCUUCGAUCCACCGUCCAACUCCACCUGCGGGCAGUACCUGUCCACCUACCUGGAGACCCUGGGGUCUGCUGCCGACCUGCUCAACCCCGGUGCGACCGCGCAGUGCGAGGUCUGCCCCUACAGCCGGGGAUCGGACUACCUGGCGACCCUCAAUCUACCCCACUACUACGACGGGUGGCGGAACACGGCCAUCGUCGUGAUCUUCGUCUUCAGCUCGUACGGGCUCGUCUUCCUGAUGAUGAAGCUGCGGACCAAGGCCUCCAAAAAGGCCGAGUGA